UGUGAUUUUCUUUUUUCAAUGGCCUCUUCAGAAGGGUGACGAGGAGGGCCAGGUGUUUAUAAAGUGGCCCGGGAUCCUCAUUGUCGUCUUCUUCUCUCCCUGAGGGACACCUCUGAGGUCCCCCAUGGCUCCUCCAGUUUGGACCCUGAUGCUGCUGCUGGUAGGGGCUGCCUGGGGCCAGGACCAAGUGCCUUCCCCUGUGUGGAGACCGGACUCUCCAGACCCGGAGCUGAUGGUGCACACUCCGAGGGAGGAUUAUAUUCUCUCCAAGUGUGACUUUGAAGACAAUUCCAGACCUUUCUGUGACUGGUCUCAAAUGUCUCAGGAUGAUGGGGACUGGGUUCGGACUACUGGGCCCUCCCUGACUGGCACUUCUGGCCCCCCGGGGGGGUACCCCAAUGGAGAGGGGUAUUACCUGCACAUGGAUCCCAAGACCUUCCCUCGGGGCGGAGUGGCACGCCUGCGUAGCCCUGACAUAUGGGAGCAAGGCCCACUUUGCGUCCAUUUUGCCUUCCACAUGUUUGGGCUGUCAUGGGGUGCCCAGCUCAGACUGCUGCUGAUCAGGGGCCGGAAGCACCACCGGCCCUACAUGCUCUGGAAACACGUGAACACCCAGAGUCCCUCUUGGAUGCCCACCACUGUCACUGUGCCAGCAGAUCAUGAUAUACCAAGCUGGCUGAUGUUCGAAGGCGUGAGAGGAAACACCGCAUACCUGGACAUUUCUCUGGAUGGCCUCUCUAUCCAGCGCGGUACCUGCAAUCGGAUCUGCAUGUCCCAGAUGUGCACCUUUGAUACUCUAAAUGAUCUCUGCGGCUGGAGCUGGGUCCCAACUGCCACCGGGGCUAAGUGGACCCAAAAGAAGGGAGCAACGGGGAUGUUGGGUGUGGGGCCUGAAGAAGACUUCUCUAACCCUAGUAAUGGAUAUUACAUGCUCCUGGACUCUACAAAUGCAAGGCCGGGGCAGAAAGCCGUACUUCUGAGUCCCCUGAGCCACUCCAGUGGAUGUCUGACCCUGUCUUUCUACUACAUAAUGCACGGCCAAGAACACGAUGAAGGCCUUUUUGUCUAUGCUACAUUUUUGGGCAACAUCCGGAAACACUCUCUCUUCUCAGGACACCCUGGACCUGACUGGCAGCCUGUGUCCGUCAAUUACACAGGACAGGGACAGAUACAGUUCAUGGUGGUGGGUGUGUUUGGAAAUAACCCAGAGCCAGCAAUAGCUGUGGAUGCCAUCAGCAUUGCUCCCUGUGGGGAGAGCUUUCCCCAGUGUGACUUCGAAGACAGAAAUCAUCCUUUCUGUGAUUGGAGCCAGAUGUAUGGAGACAUCGGACACUGGAGCUGGGGAAGUAAAAGCGUACCCACCCCCAUCUCAGGGUCCCCAAGAGAGUUCCCAUAUGGAGGGGGGCAUUACAUUUUCUUUGAUUCGGUCAAGUUAUCCCAGGAGGGGCAGUCUGCCAGAUUGGUGAGUCCACCCUUCUGUGCCCCUGGGGACAUCUGUGUGGAGUUUGCUUACCACAUGUACGGCCUUGGAAAAGGUACCACGCUCAAGCUCCUGUUGGGGAGUCCCGCGGGUAGUUCUCCUAUCCCUCUGUGGAACCGUGUCGGGUCUCAGAGCUCUGGCUGGAUGAAUAGCUCUGUCACCAUCCCUAAGGGACAUCAGCAGCCCAUGCAGCUGUUUAUUGAGGCCACCCGUGGCACCAGCACUGCCUUUGUCGUCGCUCUGAAUUUCAUCUUGAUCUCUCAUGGACCAUGUCGGGUAUUGCUGCAGACAGAGAUUCCUCCCAGUCCUCUGUUUCCACCUGCUGGCCCUGCUGUACUUACUGUCCCUGUGCUCCCCACGGAGGAGCACACCACCCCUACAGAAGCAACCACUGUUCCCAUAGAAAUAGCCACCACUCCUAUGGAAGAGACCACCAUCCCCACAGAAGCUACCACUGUCCCCACAGAAGCAACAGCUGUCCACAUGGAAGCAACCAGUGUCCCCCCUGAGGAGACCAUCCCUACAGAAGUUACCACUGUACCUCCUGAAGAGAUCAUUCUUCCUACAGAGGUGACCAAUACCACUGUUCCUACAGAAGUAACAACUGUCCACAUGGAAGCAACCAGUGUCUCUCCCCAAGAGACCACUGUCCCCCCUGAGGAGACCAUCCCUACAGAAGUUACCACUGUACCUCCUGAAGAGGCCAUUCUCCCCAAAAAAGUGAUCAUUCUCCCCAUAGAAGUGAACGCUGUCCCCACAGAAGUGACCAUUGUCCCCACAGAAGCGACCAUAGUCCCCACUGGAGAGACCACUCUCCCCACUGAAGUGGCCACUGUCCCCACAGAAGUAACAGCUGCCCACAUGGAAGCAACCAAUGUCUCUCCUGAAGAGACCAUCCACCCUGAGGAGACCAUCGCUACAGAUGUUACUACUCUCCCCACUGAAGUGACCACUGUCCCCACAGAAGUAACAGCUGUCCACAUGGAAGCAACCAAUGUCUCUCCUGAAGAGACCAUCCACCCUGAGGAGACCAUCGCUACAGAUGUUACCACUCUUCCCACUGAAGUGGCCACUGUCCCCACAGAAGUAACAGGUGUCCACAUGGAAGCAACCAAUGUCUCUCCUGAAGAGACCAUCCACCCUGAGGAGACCAUCGCUACAGAUGUUACCACUCUCCCCACUGAAGAGACCAUCGCUACAGAUGUUACCACUCUCCCCACUGAAGUGGCCACUGUCCCCACAGAAGUAACAGGUGUCCACAUGGAAGCAACCAAUGUCUCUCCUGAAGAGACCAUCCACCCUGAGGAGACCAUCGCUACAGAUGUUACCACUGUUUCUCCUGAAGAGACCAUCGCUACAGAUGUUACCACUGUUUAUCCUGAAGUGACCAUUCUCCUCACAGGAGUGAUCACUGUCCCCAUAGAAGUGCCUACUGUCUUCACAGAAGUGACCACUGUCCCCACUGGAGAAACCAUUCUCCCAACAGAAGUGCCCACUGUCCUCACAGAAGUGACAGGUGUUCACACAGAAGUGACCUAUAUCUCUCCUGAAGAGACCAGUGUCCCUCCUGAGGAGAUUAUUCCUACAGAAGUUACCACUCUUUCUCCUGAAGAGACCAUGUUCCCCACAGAAGUGCCUACUGUCCUCACAGAAGUGACCACUGUCCCCACAGAAGUGACUACUGUCCUCACAAAAGAGACCACUUUCCCUACAGCAAUGCCUACUGUCUCCACAGAAGUAACUAAUGUCUCUCCUGAAGAGACCAGUGUCCCCCAUGAGGAGACCAUCCCUACAGAAAUAACUACUGUUUCUCCUGAAGAGAUAGUUCUCCCCACAGAGGUGACCACUGUCCCCAUAGAAGUGACCACUGUCCCCAUGGAAGUACUCACUGUCCCUCCUCCUUCUGAAGAGACCACCAUCCCUACAGAAGUGACCAUUGUUCCUCCUGUCAGCAUCCCUCCUGAGGAGACCACUACCCCAACAGAAGUGACCACUACCCCUCCUGAAGAGACCACCAUCCUUACAGAAGUGACCACUGUUCCUCCUGUCAGCAUCCCUCCUGAGGAGACCACCACCCCGACAGAAGUGACCACUCCUCCUCCUGAAGAGACCACUAUCCCUACAGAAGUGACCACUGUUCCUCCUGUCAGCGUCCCCCCUGAGGAGACCACGGUCCAUACAGAAGUAACUACUGUCCCAACAGAAGGAACCACUGUCCCUCCUGAAAAGACCACUAUUCCUUCAGAAGAGACCACUGCCUCCACUCCAGAGACCAUUCUCCUUACAAAGCAAUUUACUGUUAUUCAAACAUCCACAGCUUGUAGACCACCCUGCCCAAGUCCUACACUCAUGCCCAUUGGACCAAGCCUUUUGAAGCCACCAGUGAUCGGCAUGGCCCCAACUACAGGUGUUUCUACCACAGGGUCCUGCCCUCCAAAUGCCCACUUUGAAUUGUGUGCAUGCCCUGCAUCCUGUGAGAACCCCAAGCCCAGCUGCCAGUACCCCUGCAUCCCUGGCUGUAUCUGCAAUCCUGGGUUUUUGUUUAGUAACAAUCAAUGUAUCAACGAGUCUUCCUGUAAUUGUCCCUACGACCACAAGUACUAUAAGCCUGGAGAAGAAUGGUUCAGUCCCAAUUGCACAGAGCGGUGCCGCUGCUUGCCGGGUAGCCUGAUGGAGUGCCAGAUCUCUCAGUGUGGGACGCACACCAUAUGCCAACUGAAGGGUGGCCAGUACCAGUGUGAGCCCUAUGGUGGGGCUACCUGCCUGGUCUAUGGGGACCUUCAUUUCAUCACCUUUGAUGAGAGGCACAUUGACUUCACAGGGACCUGUACCUAUAUCUUGACCGAAACCUGCAGCAAUUCCACAGACCCAUUCUUUAGGAUAACAGCAAGCACCCAAGAACGUGGAGUAGAUGGUGUGUCCUGCCUGAGCAAAGUUUUCAUCACUCUGCAAGAGAUGACCAUUACCAUGGACAGGGGCAGACACACACUGAUUGGGGAUCAGGAAGUCACCCUUCCAGCCAUACCUUCUGAUGGCGUCUAUGUGAGUCUGAGUGGGCGAUUUGUGGAGCUGAAGACAACAUUUGGUUUGCGCGUGAGAUGGGACGGUGACCAGCAGCUUUUUGUGACUGUGUCCAGUACCUACUCAGGCAAACUCUGUGGUUUCUGUGGGAACUAUGAUGGGGACAGCAGCAAUGACAACCUGAAGUCAGAUGGCAUGAUGGCGUACGAUUCGCAGGAGUUGGGGCAGAGCUGGCAAGUGGAAAAGGAAGAGGACGAGGAUCUUGCUGACUUCUUCGGUUGGGUUUCUUCCAGGUGUCUAAAGAAGAAGAUUCCCCCAUCUUGUGACCCUGCUGUGGUGACCACUAUGUUGGGACCCAAGUUAUGUGGACAGCUUGUCAACCCAAGUGGACCCUUUGAAGCGUGCCUGCUUCACCUGAAGGCCUCAUCCUUCCUGGAUAACUGUGUGGCUGACAUGUGUAGCUUCCAGGGUCUCCAGCAGAAGCUCUGUGCUCACAUGUCGGCCAUGACGGCCACCUGCCAGGAUGCUGGCUAUCCUGUGAAGGCCUGGAGGGGACCCGAGAUGUGCCCUUUGGUGUGCCCUAAAAAUAGCAGGUACUCCCUCUGUGCCAACCCAUGCCCGGACACCUGCCAUCCUGGAUCUGCUACCCAGUCCUGCUCAGGCGAUUGUGUCGAAGCCUGUGAGUGUAGCCCUGGCUUCAUCCUCAGUGGUUUUGAGUGCGUCCCUGCAUCCGAGUGCGGGUGCAUCAGCCUCCAGGGGCGCUACUUCAAGGUACAGGAGCAGUGGUUUAAUCCAGACUGCAAGGAGAUCUGCAUUUGUGAAAGCCACAACAAUAUUCGCUGCAAGCCCUGGAAGUGUAAGGCUCAGGAAGCCUGUAGACACAAGAAUGGCAUAUUAGGCUGUCAUGCCCAAGGUACAGCCACCUGCAUCGCCUCUGGUGACCCCCACUACCUGACCUUCGACGGAGCUCUGCACCAUUUUAUGGGCACCUGCACUUAUGUACUGACCCAGCCUUGCUGGCCCAAAUCUCAAGACAACAACUUUGUCGUGAGUGCCACCAAUGAGAUACGUGGUGGCAACAUGGAAGUCUCCUAUGUCAAAGCUGUCCAUGUGCAAGUCUUUGACCUCAAAAUCUCCCUGUUCAAAGGUCAAAAGGUCAUGGUAAACAACCAAAGGGUGGUGCUACCUGUGUGGCCUUCGAAAGGACGAGUGACCAUUAGGAUGAGUGGCAUCUUCGUCCUGCUCUACACAAACUUUGGCCUUCAAGUUCGAUAUGACGGAAGGCAUCUGGUGGAGGUGACGGUGCCGUCCUCGUACACUGGCUCACUCUGUGGGCUGUGUGGGAACUACAACAAUAACAGCUUGGAUGAUAAUCUGCGCGCAGACAUGAAGCCGGCGGUCAACUCACUUCUGCUGGGAGCUGCUUGGAAAAUCCUUGAAGCCUCUGAUCCUGGCUGCUUCAUAGUUGGAGUCAAGGCCUCCAGCUGCCAAGAGAGCAACGUGGACGACACCUGGAGUAGACGAUGUGCCAUCUUGAUGAACCCUGUUGGGCCUUUCUCCCAUUGCCACGAGGUGGUGCCCCCGCAGGCCAGCUUCUCCAGCUGUGUGUAUGACCAGUGUGGGACCAACGGAGACGACCUAACCUUCUGCCGCUCCCUGCAGGCCUACGCAUCUCUGUGUGCCCAGGCUGGCCAGGUGAUUACCUGGCGCAACAGCAGCUUCUGCCCUCUGAGGUGCCCACCCAGGAGCAACUACAACCCAUGUGCCAACUCCUGCCCAGCCACCUGCCUUACCCUAAGCAUCCCAAAGGACUGUCCAACACUGCCCUGUGUCGAGGGCUGUGAAUGCGAGAGAGGCCACAUCCUGAGUGGAACCACCUGUGUGCCCCUCAGAGAGUGUGGCUGCAGUGACCAGGAUGGCUCCUAUCACCUGUUGGGGGAGAGCUGGUACACAGAGAAGACCUGCACCACCCUCUGCACGUGCUCCGUCCCCAGCAACAUCACCUGCAGCCCAACGUCCUGUAAGGCCAACCACGUGUGUUUGCGCCAGGAUGGGCUGCUGCGCUGUGCUGCAGAGGUGGGAGAGUGUCACAUCUCAGAGGAUUCCCAGAUCGUGAGCUUUGAUGAUCAUAGCCAUCCUAUCCAAGAGGCGUGUACUUACAUCUUGGUCAAAGUGUGCCACCCCAGCAUGAACCUGCCUUUCUUCACGAUCAGUGCCAAGAUUGACAUGGUCACCAACAGCCACGAGACUUUCCGUGCCUAUCAGCUGUAUAUUGACAUCUUCAACUUCCACAUCACUCUUCAGAAAAACCAUUUAGUCCUCAUAAGCUUGAUCAAUGACUCAAUGACCACCCUUCCUGCCACCACCCAGAUCCCAGGACUCAGUGUCAUGACUGAAGGCGUCUAUACCAUUGUCACAAUUAAGGAUGAAAUUCUAGUCAAGUUUGAGAGCAAUAAUUUCUUAGUUAUCAAAAUUCCUGCAACCUCUAAUGGGAAGGUCUGCGGUGUGUGUGGCAAUUUCAACGGUGAAGAAGAGGGUGAACUCGUGACACCCAGUGAUGAGUUGGCUGAGGAUGAGCAGGAGUUCAUGGAGAGCUGGAAAGAUAAGAACAUUGACCCAAACUGCCAGAAAAUAGAAGAACAGAAUGUGGAACAGCAGGAGGUCAUGCAUGGGAAGUGCAGGCCCAUAGACUUUGAGCAAGCCCAGGCGAACUGUCAAACCGCCCUCCAGAGUCCCGCCUGGGCCCACUGUUCUUCCGGGGUACCCACCAAGCCCUUCUUGCUGAAGUGCAUGAACAGCUUCUGUGAAUUCGGAGAACUCUUCCGUGCUCUUUGUGAUUCUCUGCAGUCUUUCGAAGAUUCCUGCCGGAACCAGGGGCUCGAGCCACCUAUCUGGAGGAACAGCAGCUUUUGCCCUCUGGAGUGCCCAGCUCACAGUCACUACACAAACUGCCUCCCUUCCUGUCUACCUUCCUGCUUGGACCCAGACAGCCGCUGUGAGGGCUCUGGCCACAAAGUCCCUGCCACCUGCAAGGAGGGUUGCAUCUGUCAACCUGACUAUGUGCUGAAUAAUGACAAGUGUGUGCUCAAAUCUCAGUGUGGCUGCAGAGAUGGUAAAGGUGUCUUCACCCCGGCAGGCAAGACUUGGAUCUCCGAAGACUGUACCCAGAGCUGUACCUGCGUGAAAGGGACCUUGAGGUGCCGGGAUUUUCACUGUCCCUCAGGGACUUACUGCAGGAACAGUACCUGUGUCAAAAUCUUUCUGCAGUGCCCGGCCCACAGCCAGUUUACGGACUGCCUUCCCCCCUGUCAUCCUUCCUGCUCGGAUCCCGAAGGCCACUGUGAGGGCAUCAACACCAAAGGCCUCUCUCACUGCAAAGAGGGCUGCGUGUGUCAAUCUGGCUAUGUGCUACAAGACGACAAGUGUGUGCUCAAAAUCGAGUGUGGCUGCAGAGACACGCACGGUGGCUUUAUUCUUGCAGGCAAGAACUGGACCUCCAGAGGCUGUACCCAGAGCUGUAACUGCAUGGAGGGGGUCGUUCGAUGCCAGCAUUUCCAGUGUCCCUCAGGGACUUACUGCCAGGACAUUGCGGAUGGCACCAGUAACUGCGCCACUCUGCAGUGCCCCGCCCACAGCAGCUUCACCAACUGCCUCCCUUCCUGUCAGCCUUCCUGCUUGGACCCAGAAGGCCACUGUGAGGGCUUCACUACCAAUGACCCCUUCGCCUGCAAGGAGGGCUGUGUCUGUGAACCUGGCUAUGUGCUGCUUGACGACAAGUGUGUGCCCAGAAUAGAGUGUGGUGGCUGCAAAGACGCCCACGGUGUCCUCAUCUCUGCAGACAAGACAUGGAUCAACAAAGGCUGCACACAAAUCUGUACCUGUGUGACAGGGACCAUCCACUGCACGAAUUUCCAGUGUCCCUCGGGGACUUACUGCAAGGACAUUGAGGAUGGCAACACUAACUGCACCAAAAUCUCUCUGCAGUGCCCCCCUCACAGCCUCUACACCCACUGCCUUCCCUCCUGCCUGCCUUCCUGCUCGGACCCAGAGGGCCUCUGUGGGGGCACCACAGCGGCCUCCAUCUGCAGGGAGGGCUGUGUCUGUGAACCCGGCUAUGUGCUGAGGAACGACAAGUGUGUGCUCAAAAUUGAGUGUGACUGUGAAGACGCCCGGGGUGUCCUCAUCCCCGCAGAAACGAUCUGGAUCAACAGGGGCUGCACCCAGACCUGCACCUGCACGGAAGGAGCCAUCCAGUGCCAGAAUUUCAAGUGUCCCUUAGACACUUACUGCAAGGACAUCGAUGAUGGCAACAGUAACUGCACCAAUAUCGAGCUCCAUUGCCCGGCUCACAGCCACUACAGCAACUGCCUUCCACACUGUCAGCCUUCCUGCUCGGACCCUGAUGGCCUCUGUGAGGGUUCCAGUACCAAAGCCCCCUCCACCUGCAGGGAGGGCUGUGUCUGUGAACCUGACUAUGUGCUGAAUGGCAACAAGUGUGUGCUCAGAAUAGAGUGUGGCUGCAAAGACACCCAGGGUGUCCUCAUCCUCGAAGACACGACCUGGAUCAACAGAGGUUGUACUCGGAGCUGCACCUGCGUGGGAGGGGCCAUCCAGUGCCAGAAACAUCACUGCCCCUCAGGGACUUACUGCAAAGACGCGGAGGGGGACAGCAGUAGCUGCGCCCCAAUCACUCUGCAGUGCCCCGCCCACAGCAGCUUCACCAACUGCCUCCCUUCCUGUCAGCCUUCCUGCUCGGACCCAGAAGGCCACUGUGAGGGCUCCACCACCAAAGGCCCCUUCGCCUGCAAGGAGGGCUGUGUCUGUGAACCUGGCUAUGUGCUGCUCGAUGACAAGUGUGUGCCCAGCAUAGAGUGUGGCGGCUGCAAAGACGCCCAGGGUGUCCUCAUCCCCAUAGACAAGAUCUGGAUCAACAGGGGCUGCACCCAGACCUGCACCUGCAUGGGAGGGGCCAUCCAGUGCAGGAAAUUUCAUUGUCCCUCAGGGACUUACUGCAAGGGCAUCGAGGAUGGCAACAGUAACUGCACCAAUAUCCCUCUGCAGUGCCCCGCCCACAGCAGCUUCACCAACUGCCUCCCUUCCUGCCUCCCUUCCUGCUUUAAUAUGAAUGUCCACUGUGAGGAACCCAAAGCCCUCUCCACUUGCAAAGAGGGCUGCGUCUGUCAUUCUGGCUACGUGCUGUAUAAUGAGGAGUGUAUACACAGAAAUCGGUGUGGCUGCAAAGACGGCCAGGGUGCUGUCGUCCCAACAGACGAGACGUGGAUCAACAAAGGCUGCACACAAAUCUGUACCUGUGUGACAGGGAUCAUCCACUGCAGGAAAUUUCAGUGUCCCUUAGGGACCUACUGCAAGGACAUCGCGGAUGGCAACAGCAACUGCACUAAUAUCCCUCUGAAGUGCCCGGCCCACAGCCGUUACACCCACUGCCUCCCCUCCUGUCCACCCUCAUGCUUGGACCCAGAGGGCCUGUGUGGGGGCACCAGCCCUAACGCCCACUCCACCUGCAAGGAGGGCUGCAUCUGCCAGCCUGGCUAUGUGCUGCAUAUGGACAAGUGUGUGCUCAGAAGUCACUGUGGCUGCAAAGACACCCAAGGUGCUUUUAUCUCGGCAGGCCAGACCUGGAUCUCCAGAGGCUGCACCAAGAGCUGUACCUGCACAGAAGGGGUCAUCCAGUGCAGGAAUUUCCAGUGUCCCUCAGGGACCUACUGCAAGGACAGGGAUGAUGGCAGCCCUAACUGCACCAAAAUCACUCUGCAGUGCCCAGCGGACAGCCAGUUCACCGACUGCCUCCCCGCCUGUCUACCUUCUUGCUCCAACCACUGUGAGGUCACCAGCCCCAACAUCCCCUCCAUCUGCAAGGAGGGAUGUCUCUGCAACCAUGGCUUUGUGUUCAGUGAGGACGCAUGUGUGCCCAGAACUCAUUGUGGCUGUGAAGAUGCCCACGGUGGCAUCAUUCCGGCAGGCAAGACCUGGACCUCCAAAGACUGUACCCAGACCUGUACCUGCACAGAAGGGACCAUCCAGUGCCAGAAUUCCCACUGUCCCCCAGAGACCUACUGCAAGUACAAUGCUGAUGGCAGCAGUAACUGCACCAAAAUCAAUCUUCAAUGCCCCGCCCACAGCCUUUUUGCCAGCUGCCUUCCCUCCUGCCUGCCUUCCUGCUCGGACCCAGAGGGCCUCUGUGGGGGCACCAGCCCUGAAGUCCCCUCCACCUGCAAGGAGGGCUGUGUCUGCCAGUCUGGCUACGUGCUGAACAGAGACAAGUGUGUCCUCAGAGUUGAGUGUGACUGCAGAGACACACAGGGUGCCCUCAUCCUGGCAGGCAACACAUGGACCUCCAAGGGCUGUACCCAGAGCUGUACCUGCAUAGAAGGGGCCAUCCAGUGCCAAAAUUCCCAGUGUCCCCCUGGGACUUACUGCAAGGACAGCAGUGAUGGUAGCGGUUCCUGUGUCGAAAUCACUCUGCAGUGCCCCGCCCACAGCCUGUUCACUGACUGCCUCCCCCCCUGUCUACCUUCCUGCUUGCACCCGGAUGGCCUCUGUAAAGGAGUCAGUCCCACAGUCCCUUCCACUUGCAAGGAGGGCUGCAUCUGUCAGUCUGGCUACGUGCUGAGUAAUAACAAGUGUAUACUCAGAAAUCAGUGUGGCUGCAAACAUGCCCACGGCGUUCUCAUCCCAGAAGACAGGACCUUUAUCUCCAGAGACUGUACCCAGAGCUGUGUCUGUACAGAAGGGAGCAUCCAGUGCCUGGUUUUCCAGUGUCCCCCUGGGACUUACUGCAGGGACAGUGGUGAUGGCAGCGGUACCUGUGUCAAAAUCAGUCUGCAAUGUCCAGCCAACAGUCGCUACACUGACUGCGUCCCCCUCUGUCCCCCUUCUUGCUCGGACCCAGAGGGCCGCUGCGAAGGCCCUGGCCCCACAGUCCCCUCCGUUUGCAAGGAAGGCUGCCUCUGCCACCCUGGCUUUCUACUUGAUUGGGACAAGUGCGUGCCCAGAAUUGAGUGUGGCUGCAAAGACACGCACGGUGCUCUCAUUCCGGCAGGCAAGACCUGGAUUCCUAGAGGCUGUACCCAGAGCUGUACCUGCAUAGGAGGGGCCGUUCAGUGCCAGAAUUCCGAGUGUCCCCCAGGGACUUACUGCAAGGACAACAUUGAUGGCAGUGGUUCCUGUGUCGAAAUCACUCUGCAGUGCCCCGCCCACAGCAACUACACCGAUUGCCUUCCCACCUGUCUCCCUUCCUGCUUGGACCCCAGUGCCCACUGUGGGGAGCCCAGCCCUAAAGACCCCUCUACUUGCAAGGAGGGCUGCGUCUGUCAACCUGGCUACAUGCUGGAUAAAGACAAGUGUGUCCUUAAAGUUGAGUGUAGCUGCAGAGACAACCAGGGUGCUGUCAUUCCGGCAGGCGAGACCUGGAUCUCCAAGGGUUGUACCCAAAGCUGUGCCUGCAUGGGAGGGGCCGUUCAGUGCCAGAAUUCCCAGUGUCCCCCAGGGACUUACUGCAAGGACAGUAUCGAUGGCAGCAGUAACUGCACCGAAAUCAGUAAGGGAUCCACAGGGGAAAGGGACGGUGCACUCAUGACUGGAGGGAUCAGAGCUCUGCAGUGCCCUGCUCACAGCUACUUCACCACCUGCCUUCCCUCCUGCCCCGCUUCCUGUUCCAAUUUGGAUGGCAGCUGUGUGGAAUCCAACUUCAAAGCCCCCUUUAUCUGCAAGGAGGGCUGUAUCUGUCAACCCGGCUACUUCUUAAAUAAUGACAAGUGUGUGCUCCGAAUUCAGUGCGGCUGCAAAGACGCCCAGGGCGGCCUCAUCCCCGCAAGCAGGACCUGGAUCUCCGCUGGCUGCACCGAGAGCUGUACCUGUAUGGGAGGGAACAUCCGGUGCAGGAAUUUCCAGUGUCCCCUGGGGACUUACUGCAAAGACAGCAGUGAUGGCAGUGGUUCCUGUGUCAAAAUCACUCUACAAUGUCCCCCCCACAGCCGCUUCACAGACUGUCUUCCCGCAUGUCCGCCUUCCUGUACUGCUCCGGAUGGCCAUUGUGAGGGCAUCAGUCCCAAAGUCCCGUCUCCCUGCACGGAGGGCUGCCUCUGCCAACCUGGCUUUGUGAUGCAUCAUCACAAGUGCGUGCUCCAGAUUCACUGUGACUGCAGAGACGCCCACGGUGGCUUCAUUCCGGCAGGCAAGACCUGGAUCUCCAGGGACUGCACCGAGAGCUGUGCCUGCGUGGGAGGGACUGUCCAGUGUCACAACUUCACCUGCCCCCCAGGGACUCAGUGCCAGAACAGUGUCUGUUCCAAAAUCAUACAGUGCCCAGUCCACAGCCAUUACACCGCCUGCCUCCCCUCCUGUCCACCAUCCUGCUUUGACCCAGAAGGCCUCUGUUGGGGCACCAGUCCAAGAACCCCGUCCACCUGCAAGGAGGGUUGUGUCUGCCAACAUGGCUAUGUGCUGUACGAAGACAAGUGUGUGCUCAGGAGUCACUGUGUCUGCAAGAAUAACCAGGGUGUCCUCAUCCCGGUGAACAAGUCCUGGCUCACCAGAGGCUGUAUCCAAAACUGUACGUGCAAAGGAGGGGACAUUCAUUGCUUGAAUUUCAAGUGUCCCUUGGGGACCGAAUGCAAGGACAGUGUUGAUGGAAACAGUAACUGUGCCAAAAUUGUUCUGCAAUGCCCAGCCCACAGCUACCACACCAACUGCCUUCCCUCCUGUAUCCCAUCCUGCUCCAACGUGAAUGGCCACUGUGAGUUUACCAGCCUCAAAAACCCCUCUACCUGCAUAGAAGGCUGCCUCUGCCAGUCUGGCUUUGUGUUCAAUAAGGACAAGUGUGUCCACAGAACUCAGUGUGGCUGCAAAGACUCCCAGGGCACCCUCAUUCCGGCAGGUAAGAACUGGAUUACCACGGGCUGUUCCCAGAGAUGUACUUGCACGGCAGGACUUGUUCAGUGCCACGACUUCGAGUGCCCCUCAGGGACCGAGUGCCAGGACAUCGAGGACGGCAACAGUAACUGUGCUGAAAUCACUGUGCAGUGCCCGGCCCACAGUCACUACUCCAAAUGCCUUCCUUCAUGCCUGCCUUCCUGCUCUGACCCAGACGGCCUCUGCAAGGGCACGCGCCCCAAAGCCUCCUCCACCUGCGAGGAGGGCUGUGUCUGUCAGUCCGGCUAUGUGCUGAGUAACGACACGUGUAUACACAGCAGUGCGUGUACCUGCAAGAACACCCAUGGUGUUCUCAUCCCCGAAGGCAAGACAUGGGUCUCCAGGGGAUGUACCAAGAACUGCACCUGCAAGGGAGGGACUGUCCAGUGUCAAGACUUCGGCUGCCCAACAGGGUCCCGUUGCAUAGACAAUAAAGAUGGCAACAGUAACUGUGUCACCUACGCUCUGAAGUGCCCGGCCCACAGCCUCUACACCCACUGCCUUCCCUCCUGCCUGCCUUCCUGCUCGGACCCAGAGGGCCUCUGUGGGGGCAUCAGCCCUGAAGUCCCCUCCACCUGCAAGGAGGGCUGCUUCUGUCGAUCCGGCUACGUGCUGCAUAACAACAAGUGUAUGCUUAGAAUUCACUGUAACUGUAAAGACAGCCACGGUAGCCUCAUCCAGGUCGGCCAGACACGGAUCUCCUCUGGGUGUUCCCAGAUUUGUGAAUGCAAGAAAGGGUCCUUUCAGUGCCAACGUUUUAAGUGCCCCUCAGGGACCCAGUGUGAGGAGAACGAAGACGGUAGCCAUAACUGUGUCUCCAGCACUAUGAAGUGCCCCGUCAACAGCCUCCGCACCAACUGCCUCCCUUCCUGUCCACGCUCCUGCUCCAACCCUGAUGGCCACUGUGAGGACGCCAGCCACAAAACCCACUACACCUGCAGGGAGGGCUGUGUCUGUCGACCUGGCUACCUGCUCGAUAAGGACACGUGUGUACGCAAAGACCAUUGUGACUGCAGAGAUAUCAAGGGCGACAUCAUCCCGGCAGGCAAGACCUGGAUCUCCAGCGGCUGCACCCAGAGCUGUGCUUGCACGGAUGGGGUCAUUCAGUGCCAGAAUUUCAUCUGCCCGUCAGGGUCCCACUGUCAGCACAAUGAUGAUGGCAGCAGUGACUGUGCAGCCAACAAGCUGGAAAAAUGUACCAUCUUUGGGGACCCCUAUUACCAUACGUUCGAUGGCUUCACCUACCGCUUCCUGGGUCGUAUGAACUACUAUCUCAUAAAGACACUGGACAAGCUCCCAAGAGGGAUUGAGCCCCUGAUCAUGGAGGGGCGCAACAAAAUAUCCCCCAAAGGGAGCUCAACCUUGCACGAAGUGACCACCAUCGUCUACGGCUAUAAAAUCCAGCUCCAAGAAGGCCUGGGGGUUUUGGUCAACAAUCAGAAGGUGUCGGUGCCCUACAAUCCUAAUGAGCACCUGCGGGUCAUCUUGCGGGCUCAACGGCUGCUUCUCGCCACUGACUUUGAAAUGGUGCUGGACUUUGAUGGAAAGCACAGCGCAGUGAUCUCCUUGCCUACCACAUACCGUGGGCUGAUACGGGGCCUGUGUGGAAACUAUGACAAGGACCAAAGCAAUGACUUCAUGUUGCCCAGUGGAGAGGUCACCUCAAACGUCCACGUCUUUGGCAACAGUUGGGAGGUGAAGGUGAUACAUGCCUUCUUCCGAUUCCCAAGGGCCCUACCAGAAGAAGGGAGAAGAGAGGAAGAACCUGACCUUCUGCAAUCAGAAUGCAGCCCAGAGCAGACAGCACUCAUCGGCAGUACCCAGGCCUGUAGGGUGCUGGUGGACCCCCAGGGUCCCUUUGCUGCAUGUCACCAGAUUAUAGCUCCAGAACCCUUCAAGCAGCGCUGUAUAUCGGAUAUGUGCACUGGCUGGAAGACCAAGGAAGAGGAGGAACUGCGAUGUCGCGUCCUCGGUGGCUACGCCAUCAUUUGCCGGGAUGCAGGUGCCAACAUGACUGGUUGGCGGGACCAGGCACACUGUGCCAUGACGUGUCCUGCCAAUACUGUAUAUCAGAGCUGCAUGACUCCCUGCCCAGCAUCCUGUGCCAAAUUUGUGACCCCCAAGGUCUGUGAAGGCCCCUGCGUGGAAGGCUGUGCCAGUCUCCCAGGCUACAUCUACAGUGACACACAGAGCCUCCCAGUGACGCACUGUGGCUGCACCACCAAUGGCAUCUAUUACAAGCUGGGUGACAGCUUCGUAACUAACAACUGCUCCCAGCGCUGCUCCUGUGCAAGCCGAGGGAUCCUGCUGUGCGAGCCCUAUGGCUGCAGAGGUGGAGAGUCCUGCAUGGUGGCCAACUUUACUCGAGACUGCUUCCGGGACAGCCCGUGUCUGCAGAACCCUUGUCACAAUGAUGGCCGGUGUGAGGAGCGAGGGGCCGCCUUCAUCUGCCACUGUGACUUUGGUUAUGGAGGAGAAUUCUGCACAGAGCCUCAAGAUGUCACCACCAGGAAAAAGCUAGAAGCAUCCAGCUUAGUGGCCAUCCUGCCAGGGGUGCUUGUGAUGGUGUUAGUCCCGGUCCUACUGCCCAGAGUGUAUGUUUACAUGGCGACAAGAACUACCAUGGCGAGGAGGAGGAGGAAAGGGGAGAAACUGUUGAGACGAAGUAUACUUAGGCUGGAGGACACAGAUGUUCCAGAGCCUACCUUCAAAGCCACCGAGUUCUGAGUUGUCCUCAAACAGAGAAAA